AUGUCUCGCCUAUUACGCAAGCGCUACGUUACCGCUGGGGAGGUAGGGUUCAACAUGUCACAAUAUUAUUAUUCACCUGUCUUUAGCAUCUAGCGUGGUUGUUACUUCGAAAUUCUACUAUUUGGUUUUGAUAUUUUCAGUCAAAUUCAUUAUGGUCUUGAGUCUUAAGAGGUUUGACAGCAAAAUGAACUGACUCUCGGUAAGCCGUUAGUCGUAAAGUAAUUCUGGCUUUGACUUUAGUUAGAAUCAGCCAGCGGGCAACAAAAUGGUUACAGAAACUAAAGAAUUUCCAGUGUUAAGACCCGUUACCAGGAAACGACUGGUGAAAGCAGACUGAGAAGACUUGACGCGUGCUCUAGUGAUUUGUAAAGUGUGGAGAUUAGUGAUGACGCCAUAAUUACUUGUCGUUACGUGUUGUGUUUACAAGUGUUCGAUAAAUCCCGUCACCAAACCAAAUGCCAUGUAUAGUCAUUCCAUAAAAUCGUGACAAUUCGUUACGUGAGUCUCCUUAUGCAACAUUUUGCUUUCGAAGUCAUGACCGCGAAACACGAAGGUAGACUCCACGAAGACAGGAAGAGAGCAUACUUGCAGCUGGCUGCAAAAUUUUCAAACAUCAUUCUUACUUCAUAAUUAAACGUCAAUUAUGCUUCCUCUAAAGUGAUCUGUCUACGUACCUAACUCCCUAACUCCAUGGACCUGAGUCCCAGAGAAGCCGUCAGUCGCCACUACUCAAGAAUUUCCCCACAACUGGUCCCUGUGUUGAGCCAGAUGAAUACAGUUCAUACCGCUGCACAUACCCCUUAUGUGAGAAAGAAUGCAAGUAGGCGCAUGAGAUCAUGCCUUAACCAAUAUUAUGAAAUUUGGUAUAUUCGUGUAUUCCACGGCACCUGAGCCCAUCUCAACGGCGUACUUCAUAACUUCCUCCCAUCGGUCUGUGUGUUUGCAUGUGUAUCUCCAUCUUGUAGGUAGUUACCGGCAUGACAUAAACGCUACCGCGGCAACGAAUACACACACAAUAAAAUAGUUUUCGGACGACUUUUCUAUGCCUCCCUAGUCUCCUUCAAGGAAAGCAGGCACAACUUCUUACUUAGGCUACAUUACCUUUGCGAAACAAAAAGUACUGGUUCCUUCAGUAUGAUGCCGACAGCUUGGGAAAGAUGUCUACAAAUUUGUCGUUGCAGCGAUAUCGUGUUUGAGCCGUUGCUUAGCAGCGGUAGUGAUUUAUACGUAUGCAGACGCAGACACACAGGUUUACCUUCAAUACGAAGCGGAUUGCAUAGAAAACGACGCGUCAAAUUAUUCUUCUAUUUUGCUUGUCUAUUCGUUGUCGCGGGAACAGACACACACAAAAGUCUCUUCAGGAACCACUCUUCAUGUUUUCAGGCAUUAUGGGAGAAACACAGACACACGGCCAGAAAGUUUAUUUCGUGAACCUAUUUAUAUUUCUUUCAGACUGAGGAAAUUAGGCUAAAAAUACAAGUUGACUUCUCAGACCUUCUCUGAGUGUCUGCAUGGGUGUCCUCCACCUUAAUCGCUGCUAGUCAACGGCUCGGUAAACACGUUCCCGUGACAACGAAUACACACGCAUCAAUAGAACUACUGUUGGGAAUAUCGUUCUUUAUUCGGCUCCCCUCUUAUCAAAGGAAUGUACCUGUACCCUACAUCGUUGCUACUGAACAGCUGGGUAAACACGUUUCCGUCACAACGGAAGCAGUGGAAUCUCCAGUGUUAGAAGCCGCUACCAAGGAACUACACGUAAAGACAUAUCAGACCGUGAAGACUCAAUGUGUUCAGUAGUUACUUUAGAGUGUACAGAACAGUGGAAACGCUGUAACAAUUUUUACUUGCGAGUUAAUUCGUUACUGAACACAGGCGCUGUGGUGAGUCAUCAAAACGUCAUAAAGGAUGUCACAAAUGGGAUCUGACUGUGAGAAUACAAUGACGGAUAACGAAGAACGUAACGUAUUCUCUUACAUCUGCAAUAUUAAGGUGGCUACAUGGAUCUUCUUAGUGUUAAAUUCCCUGCUCUUAUUGGCUGGAUCCUUCGCUCUUUGCUGUGCAAUAUGGGUUGGCUGGGACAGACAUGCAUUAGUUAAAUUGACUGGGUUGAUAGAUGACGAAGAAAUCAGAAUUAAAGUGGCCGAAAAAAUAGAAUUAUUCGUCGUAGACAGAGUUAUAUACGUAAUUAUCGGAUUUUUGGCAGCUUUGGUCUCUGCAAACUCACUAGGCUGCAGCGCAGUGUUACCACGUGAGAGGAGAUGUUUAUUGAAUUAUUACUUCACGUUUCUGUUUGUCAUUCUGGUGUUGGAAUUCACUGCUGGAUGUUUAGCUACAGGCUACGCUUUUAAGGGAGAGAGACAAAUAAAAGCUGCCAUGAACGCCUCCCUUUACCGUUACAAUAUGACUGCAAAAGAGGAAGAAAAGACUACUGAAACUCUCAUAUGGGAUAGCAUUUUCACCAAACAUGAAUGCUGUGGUGUAUAUGAUUACAACGAUUUCGAGCAAAUAUCGACAGCUUCUAAUAUCACGGGUAGCAAAGUCCCUGGAACCUGCUGCCCUUCGAGUGCUGUACUAGAAAAUGGUGUUUCGAAAUGUCCAAUAUACACAAAAGGCACAAAAAUUCUCUUUCAGGUGGGCUGCUACGAUGCAAUUUUUGAUGUGAUUGUAAAGAAAAUUAUCAUAGUAAGAGGAAUAAUUAUUGGAUUAGUCUUGAGCCAAUUCAUCAGCAUCAUUCUAGUUUGGUUCCUGGACGAGUCCAUAUUAAAACGUAAUCUGAAGAGUACACAAAAAAUAAGGUGGCUUCUGACAGAACCCUUCGGCCUAUAAGGUGUGCUUAACAUACAGUUCGCCGCUUUAAGAAAAUGGAAGUAGGCUUGUGAGGUGCCCUUGAUGUCUGUGUGCAUGUAUGCUUAUCCCUCCUUAUAUGUUUCUCGGUACUUGAACCAAUCUUCAUGGAACUUUGCGUGUGCCUCACUGCGCCUCAUUCCAUCUCAACUGCAGACUUCCUAAAUAAUUCCAACAGUAAUACGAAUACCACAGUUCCUGAAAUUCUUGCGACAAUGAACUCAGUGUCACAAAAGUAGAGAGCUCUGCUAACUUUCAAUGUAAAUAAAGCUAAAGAAAUGAGAAGAUGCCCAAAGAGAGGAGAAACUAUCCAUCCCUAACAAAUACAUUGAACAGUCGGAGAGUUCUGGGGAACAAAGUAAGUGAAAAAGGAGGAACAGAUCUAGACAUAAAUCAAAGAAUAAAAAAAGCAUAAUAUACAGCAUUUAUAUAAUUAUGGAGGCAUGGAGGAAAAAGAAUAUUGAAAAUAAUAAUUACGUAUUUUUAAUACUAAUGUAAAAUCCAUUCUCCUUCAUGCCCGUGAAACACGGAAAGUAAUAAAAACAAGCAUGAACAAACUCCAAAGCUUUAUAAACAGGUGCUUAAGGCCAGACACAACACCAAGUAACUCUCUCUGGGAAAUCACAAACAAGAACCGAAUGCCAUCCAAAUUAAAAUGAGAAAUUGGAGAUUGAUCGGGCACAGUUUAAGGAAACCAACUGGUGCCGUAGAAAGGGAUGCGUUAGACUGGAACCCCCAAGGUGCCAGAAGGAGAGGGCGACCAAGGAAAACUUGGAAAAGGCAAUAGAAGAGGAAAUAGCCGGGAAGGAAAAGACCUGGAGAGAGGUUAAGGGAUUGGCUAACCAGAGAAGAAGACGGAGAAGCUUCACAGGAGCCCUGGGUUCCACUCGGCACUACAGGAAUUAUGUCAGGUAAAGUCAAGUCACAAAAUGUCUGAAUGGAUUGUCAUGAAAAUUGGUAUGCAUCUCAGUGGCAUAAUUAGCAAAUGUUCAUUAUCAACAUUACCAACAUUAAACGUCCCAAAUUACUGGGCUAAUCAAAACCAUAAUAUUCCUUGCAAGCCUCAACUAAUCUUCGUGAAACUUGGCAUGUGUAUUACAGCGUCUGAGGCUAUCAGAAUAUUAUACCCCAUAAACCUCUCCCGUCAGUAGCCUCUCUCAUAAAGCCCCUCGGGAUAACAGCUACAUUUCCUAUGGUGCAUUCUGUUCAUACUGACGAGCCUCUGGCAAUAAGUUGACCGCUUUCAAUUCUUUUAACAUAUGCUCUUUCGGGCUCUAUAAAAAUCAAAUUCAUAUUAUUGUUAUAAUGACUUACGUAUAUAAAAUACAUUUUUCACGCAUUUGUCGUACGAAACACUCAUUUAGUAAAGUUACUAAAGGUGAAGCUAUCCCUGUGACAACCCGCGAAAGCCAAUAGAUUUCUGAGAAGUUGAGGCUCCCACUUUUUCUAGACAAUCGGCUCACAGAUGGCGGUGAGGUUCUCAGACUUACACGCCGGUAUGCCGCACAUUAUGCCAGGAAGAUUGCUGGAACUCAUUUCUGUUAGAGCCUAGAGUCGACUCCAGUGUCAUCAAUCUCCACAGAGAGGGAAAUAGGCGAUUUGUACUUCCCGUAACUUCUUGUUUCUAGAGGAUAAGCUUUGGUGACAGUUAACUGGAGAAUUAUUUGUACCAUUUUCUUAUCCUUAAAUUAAUAUGUUACGUCUAUUAACAUUAAUUUUAUUUUGUUUGC